GUAGCUAAGUGAUGCAUCUACCGGGAUGUGCGCAUGUGUGUGUCUUCCUACACCCAACAUCCCCGCACGUGCGACAUGUGCCCAUCCCAUUGUGGAUGCCUCGGGUGUGCAACGCUGUCGGGGUGUUGGGUGCGUGCGCAGGCGACUGCGGGGCUGCUGGAGGUGCUGGCGCAGAUCCACGACGUGUUGGAGGAGGACGAGGACGGGGGCCAAGGCGGCGGCGAGGGGGACGGAGACGACGAGGGCCAGGGGGGAGGCCGAGGAGGUGCGACUGGGGGCCAGGGGGCUGCGGGAUCUCCUGCCUCCGCCACUGCUGCCGCCGCCGCCGCCGCGGCUAAUAACGCGCUGAAGGUUGAGCAGCUGAGGAUAGACUUGGAGCGAGAGCUGGGAGCGGAGACGUUUAUCGCUGCGUACAGCUUCCUGCGCGACAUGAGGGCGCGUGAGGAUGCGGAGGGAGACGCGGAGAGCAGCAGCAGCAGCGGCGGCGGAAGUACGGCAGCAGCGGCGCCGACGACGCAAGAGAGUCUGGAGCGCAUCUUUGGGGCCAAGCUGUCCCUGGCGCAUUCGGUGCUGAGGUUGAUAACGCUGGAAGAUGCCGUGUUUGCAUGAUGAGGGGGUGUUGCCGAUGUACAGGUGCCAUCGGUGCUAGGAUGGCGCUAGGGUGGGAGACCGGCGUUAGGAAUGGUGGACUGGGGAUAGGCGCGUGCGACGCGCAAGCGUAGGAAGGGGGUAAGAGGAGCGAGCGGGCGGUGAGUUUUGGGGGAUCCGUGAGUUGGAGGUCUUGGGAGGUGGCGCAUGUCAGGCAUACGCAACAAGUACCCAAUCCCGGUAUUCGUGCAAGUAAUCCAUGGUUCCAUGCCAUAAUGCUCUACCCUGCAAACAGUGAACCACAGUGCCCGCAGUUUUCGCGCAAAGGCAUUUCUGGCAAGCGAGCUAAAGCCUGGCAUGCGAACCGCUCCGAUGACACGAGGGAAUUGUGUCAACUAUCGAGCGUGUUUCCGUGUACAAUGAGGCGUGUUAGGUUGAAUUGAAGUUUCUAUGGCCAGGGCAUGAUCAUGGAGUUAAACAAUACGCGAUUGCGUAAUAGGCACUGUGUCCCGGGCGCGUUCAGACGUAUCCGAAAAGCAGUACAAGAUUUACCUGCGUGCAGGUUUACGCUGGUGCUGUAGUUCCUCCUUGCAUAGGGGCUAGCCAGGAUGUGAAAGGACGUCCUUAUCGUCCAACGCAACAGCACGGCACCGGGACACAAGAUGACUACCUAAACUUAGGAUAAAUGGCAUUGCGAGCAGCAGGCUUACAAAGUCAAGGGCAUGGGAGUUCGGCGCCCGCCUUACAGGAGGCAGAAGUACCUUUGCGCCUCUUUCUCUAUUUGGCGAAAGAAACUAGCUUCACGCUGGGCUCGCUCAGGGACUUGCUGGCAAGUCUUGAGGCCAACAAGGGGCUUCAAACUUUUUGCCUUCCGUCGCUGUUAUUGAUAGCGUUCGUCCUCGCCAUAGCCGGUUGCCAACGCUGGUUGUCCAGACUUAGUGCAUCAUGUACACGUAGAUCAGGACAAACGACGUCCACGCAACAUGGCACAUCUGGCGUACCCGGCGACUACAGCGGCGAUGACAGGCCGCGGAUGGUUUCGCCUGCCCUCCGGGUCACCACAGUGUUGCACACCAGCACUAUACACCAGUCCCAAUGCAGGGCAAUCACACUGCCCUCACCGCCCAAGGGCGCUAUGCCUAGGCUUAGUCCAGAGGCGUACUGCGACGGUACCGCUGCCCCUGUCCUUGGGGCCAGGCGGGGCGCCAAGGCGGUGCUGCCGUACAUAUCCCGGUGGCGCCGCGGCAUUGCCCCGACCCCAACGCAUCUAGUGUUGAGUGGCAAGUUUGAGGCGCCUGCUGGGCUCUCCUUUCACGACGCGGCGGCGGCGCUGACUGCGGCGGCAGCGCGCCACCUCCUCACUGCUGUCGCGGCGGCUGGCGGCGACAUGCCGCUGUCAGCUCAGUUCCUGGCGCUGCCCGGCUGCGUCCGUCUGGUGGCUGUGAUGCGCAUGUGGGGCGACUUUGCCGACGCUGACGUCACCGCCGGCGAGGGAAGCAGCACCGGCGGCGACGCUGACUGGUUUCCCGAUGACACGACGGAGGAGGAGGACACCGCGCCGCCGUCUAGCUCGGAAGCAGGCGACAGAGGACGUCGGCUGUCGCUGGACGACCGCAGGACGCCUGCUGGCGCCGCCGCCGCCGCUGCCGGCGAGUUGGAGGGCUCUCUCCAGCGGGGUGGGUGGGAGGUGCUGCAGCGCAUGGCCCUGCUGGGUGUGGGGCCUGCGGGGUCGACUGGGCAGACGCGGAGGCCGUACGGCAGGGGCGUGCGGCUGGAGGGAGAGAGCGAGCAGCCCGGGGAGGAGGCGGCGGUCGCAGUGAGGGAGGUAGGACGCGGCACGGCGGCUGUCGACCCGCAGGACGGGUGGCGGCAGCAUUCGCAGGAUUCGCAGCAGCAGCAGCAACGUUAUCCGGACCCGCCCUCAGAUCCGAAGCAGGAUCCUUCUUCUUCUGGCGAUGCGUUGUCACAGCCGCUGACACCGAUCUCUGCCAUCGUACCCUUGUACGCCGAACCCGCCGCCGUUGCGUUGCCUUGUUUGCCGUACAUCGUCAGCGGCGCUGGUGUGAGUGCUGUCGGCGGCAGCCAUGCCGCUAACGGAAGCGUCAGCGGCAACGCCAGCGCCGGGACGCGGCCGCCGUGUACGGCAGUUGCAGCGCCCGCCGCGACGCUGACGUUGCGCUUGAUGGCGCCGCCGGAGGUGCUGAGUGGCCUGAUGCCUCCAGCGCCGUCGGCGGCGGAGAGUGUGGCGGCAGGUCCGGGCAGCGGCCAGUUCGUCGUCGCGGCUCUGCUGGACUGUGAGUCUGGCAGUGGCGGCGGUAGCAGCAGCAGCAGUGGCUCCCUGCAGCACGCAUCCACCGCUGACCUGGCUCCCAGUACGGGGCGACUCGCAUGUGUCGUACCGGCGACGGUGCGACCCAGGGCACCAGGGGGCUCCCCGCUUUCCUCCUCACGUUCUGGCAGUGACAUCAGCGGCGGCGGAAGCGGAGAUGCGUUGGAUUGGGCGGGCGGGCUAGUGGUGGAGCUGCCGGUAGCAGAGCUCUUGGCAGCGUUGGCUGGGGAUGGAGCAGAAGGAGGUGAAAGCGGCUCUGCCGACAGCAACUCUGCGGCGGGGGCGGCGGGGGCCGCCGAUGCCGUACACGGAAUGCAAGGUACGGCAUGGGACCAGGGAUUCGCCUCCGUCGCCGCCACAACGGUUGUGGGACUGCCGAGGACGCCACGUGUACGGCCGGUGGUGCUGACGUUGCACCUGCUCCGGCUACCGCAAGCCGCGGUGGAGGAGGUUGCUGUGGGGGCAGCAGGGGGUGCAGGCAGCAGGAGCGAGGGGAGCGAGGAGGACGGGUCUCGCGCCGGGCUGCGUGAGCGCAUCUCGGGUCCCACGGACUGGCUGGGCUACGUGGACGUGUUGCUGCUGGUGCCGGAGGUAGCGGCGGCGGGCGGAGCUGGAGGGCAGGGAGCUGGUGCCUUAGCGGUUGAUGCGGCCGCACAGCAGCCUGCUGCCCGGUCGAGAGCUACUCCUGCCGGGCCCGCAGCUGCGGCGGCGGCGGGAGGAGGGGCAGCAACUGGGGCAGCGGCGGCAGCUGAGGCAGCGGCGGCGGCGGCGGUCUUCCGCGCAGGGGCAGUGCAGGCUGAGCUGGGGGGCUUGUGGCGGCGCAUGGUGGCGGAGGUGGCGGGGAGGCUGGCGGCGGAAGGCGGCGGGGAGGAGUGGGGCAGCAGCGACGGAGAGGAGGAAGAAGAAGGAGGAGAAGCGGAAGAGGCGGCAUCCGGCAUGCUGACGCAGCCGUUGUCUGGGGAAGAGGAGGAGGCGGUCGAGGGGGCGGCAGUCAGGGGCUCUAGCUCUCGUUACAGUCAAGCGGGGGCCCAGGCCUUCAAGCACCUGCAGUCCCUGCUGCUUGACCUAGCCACGGCGGCAACUUACAUGGGAGGUAACAGCCUAACCAGCCAUGCCGGUGGGGCCGUGAGCGCUCCCCGCAGGAGCAACAGGACCUCCUCUGCUGGCCUCGGCCGCACUGACAUCACCACCAGCUGCAUCACCGUCACAGUUCCCCCGCCGGCGGCUGGAUCAGCGGCAGCGCCGGUUACGGCAGGGCCGGCGGUGGCGGCGGCAGCUAACGGAGGCGGCAGCAGGAAGCAGCCGGCGGCAGUGGACCUGGAAUCCCUUCGGUCGUACGUUCGCUCGUACCUGUUGCGGCAGGGGCUGACAGCGACAUGUUCGCUGCUGGAGGAGCCGCCGGUGCCGCCAUCACCGCCGCCGCCGCCCCGGCCGCUGCGGCGCUCGCUAUUCCCGUCCACUGGAGAGCUCCGAGAAGCCCCGGCGCAGCCGCCUGCGGAGGCCGCCGCUGGGCUAACGGUGACGUCCUGUGUAGCCGCCGGAGCGCCCUCCGCUGCCAUGCUACCAACAGCAGCGGCCGCUGCCGGCGGUGCUCAGCGGCUGUUAGGAGGUGAGCCAGCAAAGCAUGCCGCAGCGACGGCAGAUCUGGAAGCUCCGGCGGUGGUGGUGCCUUACGAGGCGGCGUACACGGCAUGGCGGGCGCAGGCUGCCGGCGGCCGCCAGAGGGCCGCGGCUGUGACGUCGUUCGCGGCGGUGAUGGCCAUCGGCGUCGUGGCGACGACACUGCGCCUGUGGUUCCGAGGCAUCCCUCACCCUCUGGUGAAGGCGCUAGCGGGGAUGACGUGGCUGUCGUCGCCGCUGGCAGGCCACGCAGCCGCCGCUGUGGUACGACAAUACCACCGCCGGCAGCGACAGCAGCUGGCCCGAGCGGCGGAGGAAGGGGAGCAGUCGGCGGAGGCUGGCGGCAGCAGCAGUGGCGGCGGCGGCGUGGGCGGCGGCGGUCAGGGUUUCGCCGCGGUAGGGCAACGUAAGGUUGCAGCGUCUGCUGAUGGUAGUGACACCGAAGCAGGUACCGGUCCCGACGCGGAGGAGGUGGAACUGCUGUCGGUGCUGACAACUGGUCUAGCGGCGGCGCUGCUGGGCUUGCUGACCUACACCGGCAGCCGGCCGCAGCUGGAUGUGGGUCAGGAUGAGUUGGGGUUCCGCUUCUCGCUGCCUGCAACCCGCGGCGUGCUGGCGCCUCUCAUGACUCAGCUAAGGCCGCAAGCGCAGCUGCUCGUUGCAGUACAGAUGUUUGCCAUUGAUGUCGUACAUCUGGCCACGUUGUACGGCAAGAGUGCCUGCAAUGCCGGCGGCGGCGGCGGCGGAGGAAAAGGAACUGUUACUGCUGCUUUGGAUUACGGGUUUGCAUGUGACGAGGGCGGCGGCGGCGGCGGACUGGGUUGUCAUUUCUACUCGGCGCGGUGCGUGGUUGCUGGGGCGCUGUUGUUUGGGUUGAUUGGCCAGGUUGUCGCAUUCGUGGAGGAGGCGCGGCUGCGGCGGCGGUUCCGACGGGAGGUCGUGACGCAGGCGAGGUAGUGACCCUAGUGAGCUGGGGCGUUUGGAGGGGACAGCGGAGGCAGGGGAUGGGAGCAUGAGGGCCGCCGCCGUUGCUUGCGCCCUUGUACGCCGCCAUGAAGAGUAGCUUGUUAUGCUAUUGACGCAAAUGGCAGGCGUGUGUAUGCUUUUGUGUGGUUGUGUAGGUAUAGCUGUCUAGGCUGUUUGUUAUGCGGGGUUGUCUGGUUGGGGGAAAGCAGGAGGGAGGCGCAGUUGCGGCUUUGCGGUUGGGUCGUGCACGUAGCAGGCCUAGAAACCCGAGCGAAUAAAAUUACCGAUAUUGUAGCACUGUCGCAGAGUGUGGGAGAAUGCCUUACUGUUAUUCCUGUUCCGUAAACUGGCGGUGGUUGUGGCGGUUGAAGUUGUUGUUUGGGCAACGUGACACGCCAUGAGCCAGUGCGAGGAUGGAGGCAUGCUGGGGACAUUUGGAAGGGUACCGUGGCACCUUGCGAUGGCCUUCUCUCACGGCGCUGUGUUGAGGACUGCAGUUCGGAGGUCGAAAGUGUGUACUAGAGUGGCAGGUGGCGAACAUAGCAACCAAGGGCUGCCGUGAGUUGCAAGCCCCGCCGUUUUUGCCGGCUGCCUUGGCUUCUACUGGUUUGCGUUGUGCUGCUGGUAAUUAUGGUACUGAUGCUAAAUGCUUAUGAUGACGGUUUGCUUUUAAAUAGAUACAGGAGCAGUUAUCGCGAACAGCUGAUUGGGGUGGACUACAAGCUUGAAAAAUGCAUGACUCACGGCCUCAGGAAAUGAGGGCUGCUUCACAGCCCUAUAACAGUACUCUGCAAGGUUCUUAGUCAUGCCAAGCAGUGCGUGUCGUAAGAGAACUGCUAGUGCAAAGAAGCCCGGCUCGAACGCGGGUACACGUUUUGCUAUACUUUUGCGGAUGUCUGAACAUGUACGUUCCGCUAAGCCUGUUGGGACUGUUACAAUCUUGGGAAUGUUUGGGAAUGUUUCUAUUGAACACAGCGGGGCACGCAAUAAGCGCAGACGUUGCCCUCUGCUGUCGUACGAAGGGUGACCACCCUGGCUAGGGGCGGGGAACAAACGUCGGAUUGUGAGGGAGCCUGCGGUGCCGAGACUGGGGAAUGGCGGGGGGGCGCGAUUACGACGGUGCCUCCUUCAUAAGUACCGGUACCGGUGGUCAUGCCUGCUGUUUACCAUGGGUGCUUUCCCCGCUCCCAAGUUGCCAAAGCACUUGGUUGCGGUGACACGCUUCAAUAUGAGUUUGGCUGUCGCGCUGUGCUGGUUGGGUAGGCCUGGAAGGUCUUCGUGAACUUGCAUGGGAAGGCAGGCGAAUCUGUAGCGUGGCAGGGCACCCUGGCGGCUCAAGCGUUUGUACCACAUGCCUUGCCGUACCCUUCUCCUUACUAAUGGCUGGACCAGACAACACAACGGGAACCGCGCCAUGACUCUAUACCGGUAGCCAUAUGGUUGUCCCCAGAAUUUGGUUCAUGCUUAUAGUAUGCAGGGCCUUGUGCAGUCACAGUGCGCCCACUGACUAGCCAGUGCCACCUGCCAGGCGGUUAGCCUAGGUACGCUUACCAGUUUACCUUUAGAGAAAUGCACCUCCCCCUUGGGCAGACGCGUUAAAACGACAAUGCUGAUGUUUUCUGGGGCGGUGCAUGGCCUCUGUCUGGCCCCAACAGUUUUCUCCCUACGGUGCCCAAUAGGCUGCAACCUGCCCCUGCAAGGGUGUGUACCGUUAGGCAGUUGUACGAUUUGUGACCGGCUUCGUCAGACCCUUCCUGAGCGUGCUAUGCACCAUAAGUAGCAGCUUUAAUGGAUAUCCGAGGCUACAGAAGUGCGGCUCAUACCUCUUAAAUACUACUGUAAUCUUUUCUCUGUGUGGAGAAGGCCCUGCCGGUUAACACGUAGCGUACCCAGCCGUGGGAAUGGCCCUACCGGGCCAGAUAGGUCGGGGCAUAAUCCACACGACGCCGCACCUAGCGCCGCUGCCAUUUACGCUAAGACGACCCGCGUUCAAUGGUGUACACACUACAUGUCAACCGCUAGGACCAGUGCGAUCACCGUGCAAGAGGCCUAGGCUUACACCAAUUAGUGUAGCAAACUCGACACUUGACGCUAUUGCGCCGGAGCCAGAGGAGCGAGAGUCGACGCCAAUUGAGCAGACGCCCGGCGCACCAGGCAUUUUAAAGGUGCUAGAUAAAUACAAGGCGCCCAAAUGGCUGUUUCGUUCUGUCGCCUGCCUCGUGCUCGGAGGGCAAGUGGUGUUGCGCAUCUUUAAAGGCAACAUCCAUUGGCGGAACACGGCGGAGCAGCUGCGGCUUGUUGGCCCGGCGUCGCUCGGGGUAUCGCUGUUAACAGCGGGCUUCGUGGGCAUGGUUUUCACCAUCCAGUUCGUCCGUGAGUUCGCCAAGCUGGGUCUGACCCGCUCCGUGGGCGGCGUGCUGGCGCUGGCACUGUCCCGCGAGCUGACUCCCGUGGUGACCGCCAUCAUCCUGGCGGGCAGGGUGGGCAGCGCCUUCGCCGCGGAGCUGGGGACCAUGCAGGUCUCCGAGCAGAUGGACAGCCUGCGGGUGCUGUUCACCGACCCGGUGGACUACCUGGUCACCCCGCGGGUGCUGGCCAGCAUGAUCGCGGGGCCCAUUCUCAACGUGCUGUGCUUCUGCAUGGGCAUGGGCGCCGCGGUGCUGCUGGCCGACCUGGUGUACAACGUGCCCGCCAAUGUGAUCGUGGACUCGGCGCGGCGGGCGCUCACCUCGUACGACGUGCUGACCAGCAUGGUGAAGAGCUGGGUGUUUGGCACGGUGGUUGCCACGAUCUCCUGCGCCUGGGGCUUCACCACCAGCGGCGGCGCCAAGGGGGUGGGCGAGUCCACCACUAGUGCGGUGGUGAUCUCGCUGGUCACCAUCUUCGUGGCGGACUUCUUCCUGUCACUCACCUUUUUCCAGGGGCAGGGAGACGCGCUGAAGCAGCUCAAGUGAUGCUGCAGAAAGGGAUGGAGAGGGAGGGAGGGAGGAAGGGUGGAGAGGAAAG